UCUUCCAGAGCCCUGGCGAGGAAGUGGAGGCAGCGGAGGCGGCAGCAGAGGCAGCAGAGUCAGAAGCAAGGGGUCCAGAGGAGGGCUUGGGACAGACCGGGCCGCCCCUGCGUGACCGGAGUCUUCGUCCCCCAUGCCCCGCCACCCUCACGAUGCGGAACUGUCCACCCCGGCGGCUGCUGCUGCUGCUCUUGCUGUGCGGGCCGCUGCUCCGGAGGGCGGAGGCAGGCUCGGAGGGGCAGACAGCGGGAGAGCUGUACCAGCGCUGGGAACGGUACCGCAGGGAGUGCCAGGAGACACUGCAGGCUGCAGAUCCCCUACCAGGUCUCGCCUGUAACGGGUCCUUCGAUAUGUACGUCUGCUGGGACUACACUGCACCCAACGCCACUGCCCGCGCGUCCUGCCCCUGGUACCUGCCCUGGCACCGCCACGUGGCUUCAGGCUUUGUCCUCCGCCAUUGUGGCAGUGACGGCCAGUGGGGACCUUGGCGAGACCAUUCUCAGUGUGAGGACCCAGAGAAGAAUGGGGCUUUUCAGGACCAAAGGCUGAUCUUGGAGCGACUGCAGGUUGUGUACACAGUGGGCUACUCCCUGUCCCUUGCCACGCUGCUGCUCGCCUUGCUCAUCUUAAGUUUCUUCAGGCGGCUGCGCUGCACUCGCAACUACAUCCACAUCAACCUGUUCACAUCUUUCAUGCUGCGGGCAGCAGCCAUCCUCACCCGAGACCGGCUGCUUCCUCCCCCCGGCCCCUACUCUGGGGAUGGGGCCCCUGUCCUGUGGAACCAGGCUCUAGCUGCCUGCCGCACGGCCCAGAUCGUGACCCAGUACUGCGUGGGCGCCAACUACACGUGGCUGCUGGUGGAGGGGAUCUACCUUCAUAGCCUCCUGGUGCUCGUGGGAGGCUCGGAGGAGGGCCACUUCCGCUGCUACAUGCUCCUCGGCUGGGGGGCCCCCGCGCUUUUCGUCAUUCCUUGGGUGAUCGUCAGGUACCUGUACGAGGACACGCAGUGCUGGGAGCGGAAUGAUAUCAAGGCCAUUUGGUGGAUCAUAAGAACCCCUAUCCUCCUAACCAUCUUGAUUAAUUUUCUCAUCUUCAUCCGCAUCCUUGGCAUCCUCCUGUCAAAGCUGAGGACUCGACAGAUGCGCUGCCCAGAUUACCGGCUGAGGCUGGCUCGCUCCACGCUGACACUGGUGCCUCUGCUGGGCGUCCACGAGGUGGUGUUUGCUCCUGUGACUGAGGAACAGGCCCGGGGUGCCCUGCGCUUGGCCAAGCUCGCCUUUGAGAUCUUCCUCAGCUCUUUCCAGGGCUUCCUGGUCAGCGUCCUCUACUGCUUCAUCAACAAGGAGGUAGGGAGAGCCUCGGCCCGCCGCCCGCGCCCUCUGGCGGUCGCGCAUGGAACGGCGCGCCCGGCGCCGCCUCUGAGCGCAGUCCCGUUGCAGGUGCAGUCUGAGAUCCGCCGGGGCUGGCACCGCUGCCGCCUGCGCCACAGCCUCGACGAGGAGCCGCGCCAGCCCCGGGAGCGCGCCUUCCAGACCCUGCGCUUGGGCUCCGGCCACGGCCAGGUCCCCGCGGGCCGCUCUCCGUGCUCAAGGACCCUUCCAGGUCCCGGGGAUGAGGCCAGCCAUAUCUUGGAAAGUUACUGUUAGGCGGCAGGAUUCUUGUGUCUAUUCAGUUAGCACGUAUUUAUUGAGCGCCUGCUGUGUACCAGGCCUGGUGAAAAGGGCGCUGGGGAAACGGGUGGUGAUGGGGUGAAAGGAAACAGAAGACAAGGUCUCUGUUGUUUUAGGAUCACAACUGAGUGGCAGGAACAGACCUGAGGCCGACUCAUCAAGCUAUAUAUACACGGUGGAAGAGCUUAUCAAGAAUCCUUAGAAGGGGGCCUAGGGUGGUCUUGGGGCAUCUCUGAGGAGGUUACAUUUAGGCCAUGCCUGAAAGAGGUGCGAGACAGCUUUGGGAAGACUUGGCGACAAGAUUCUAGGCAGAAGGAAGAGCAUCUGCAAGGGCUCUGGGCAGCCAAGAACUUGGCUGUGUCUGAGGAACAGAAAGGUGACCUGGGUGGCUCCGGCGCGGGGAGGAGUCAGAGCCAAGGGAUGGGGAAAGAGAAGUGGGUGGGGCUAAAGAGUUGGGAUUUUUAUUCCAGAUGUGCUGAAGAUUCUCAGGAACAUCUAAUGGGAGCGGGCUGGUGUUUUAAAACAGGUCCUGGUGGGAGAACAGACUAUUAGGGGCAAGGGUGGUGGCUGGGAGCCCAGUGAGGAGGCUGAUGCAGGUGGGAGGUGAUGGUGGCCAGAGCAGGGUGGCAGUCACCUUGGGUGUGAAAAAUGGCUUGAUUAUGGAACUAUUUCAAAGGCCAGACUGGAAGCCUUUGUCAGUGGAUCGCAUGAGGAAAGGGUAACAAGGAGAGAAGUCAGUCUUGGUUUGGGAUUAAGAGGAAAGAGAUGGGGAGAUCAGGCGCAGGGAGGGGAGAACCGAGGAUGCUCUUCGGACAUGGUAAGCUGGGAAGGGUCUGGAGCUUGCGGGCAGAUUAGAGAUAGAAAUGCCAGUGGCACUGGGGUCCGGAGCACAGGCUUCUGAGUGUAGACAGAAUCACGGGCAACUAAAGGGCAGGCUUCGGAGCAGAAAUUACAUCCACAGAGGCCAGGACCAUCGCGAGCUGGAGCGUGUGGACACACAUCUGCACCCUUCUGGGUGGCCCCUGGCAAUGGGAGUUAGGGAGGCGCCUAGACCACCUGCAUAUAUAACAAACCCCUCCCCUACACAGACGCGCACUUGGAUUCAGUUUGCACCUGGGGACUGUCCAUUGUUUUCCAUGGGGUCCCCUGUUCCAGGGACAGACCCGGCCCAUAGCCGCUGAGCUCAGAGUCCUUUCAGGCGUGUGGCUCUGCUGGGCCCCUCUCGUGGGUUCUGGGAAGGUGGGGGCCCUUGUAAAUAAAGCAUGAGACACAGAUGUGCUUUCUGUGGGGGAGGGAGAACCUCCUUGGCCAGGCCAUCAAGAUGAUGGAGGUGGCCAUGUGCCUGUGGUGGCCUUGCGCCCUCUGGAGAGCAGUGCCGCUCUUCAGCCACGCGUUGCCGAGAUCAUGGGUGCCGAGCAGCCACUGUCCUCCCCGCCUAAGGGAAGCCCCCCAGGAAUGUCCGUGUGAACUCCUGAUAUUUAAACCACGUGCAAUGUGUAUAAUUAAAAGUGUGUGUGUGCCAAA